GGGCCACUGCUGGGCUUCAUGGAGCUGCUGUCGGCCCUGAGCCUGGGCGAGCUGGCGCUCAGCUUCUCCCGGGUGCCCCUCUUCCCGGUCUUUGAUCUCAGCUACUUCAUCGUUUCCAUCCUGUAUCUCAAGUACGAGCCAGGUGCGGUGGAACUGUCCCGGCGGAGCCCUGUGGCCUCAUGGAUCUGUGCCAUGCUCUAUUGCUUUGGGAGCUACAUCCUGGCUGAUCUUCUGCUCGGGGAAGCACCGAUCGAUUAUUUCAGCAAUAACUCCAGUGUACUCUUGGCCUCAGCAGUCUGGUACAUGAUUUUCUUCUGUCCCAUGAACCUCUUUUAUAAGUGUGUCAGUUUCCUGCCCGUGAAGCUCAUUUUUGUGGCAAUGAAGGAGGUAGUGAGAGUUCGAAAGAUUGCCGUUGGGAUCCAUCAUGCCCAUCACCACUACCACCAUGGGUGGUUCAUCAUGAUUGCCACAGGCUGGGUCAAAGGUUCAGGGGUGGCACUGAUGUCCAACUUCGAGCAGCUGCUCCGUGGAGUCUGGAAGCCUGAGACAAAUGAGAUUCUCCACAUGUCCUUUCCAACCAAAGCCAGUUUAUAUGGAGCCAUUCUCUUUACACUUCAGCAGACCCGCUGGCUUCCCAUUUCUAAAGCCAACCUCAUCUUCUUCUGUACCCUGUUCAUGGUGUCUUGUAAGGUUUUCUUGACAGCUACCCACUCCCAUGCGUCUCCAUUUGACACUAUCGAGGGCUUCAUCUGUCCUGUGCUCUUUGGUUCCGCCUCAGGGGGCCAUGGGGACCAUCACCAUGAUGACCACGGAUCUUCCCACCAUGAUGGCCACGGGGGGCCAUCUUCUCUUCAUGCCCCGCAGCAUCCAGUCAAAUCGAAGGAGGAGCUGAAUGAAGGCUCAAGAAAGAGAAAGGCCAAGAAGGCAGAGUAAAUGAAAAAUCUGACCCAGUAACUGGUGGCCAAAGAGAGAGUCACUUCUGAGCUGCAUGAGAACUAUACCCACGUCACCCGAGCCCUCACAGGCUCCACCCUAAGACUUGUACAAGGGGGAGGGAAUCUAGGCGACUGCCCAGUGUGCCUCUAUUAUUUCCAUCAGGGACCCCUAUUUUCAGGGGCUUACAGUUGAGGUAUGGAAAUCCCUAAAGGCCCAAAGGGCGAGUUCUAGCCCAAAGCCUGGCAUCUUGGUGGUAGGUUUUCUCCUUUUGUUUUUUUUCUCCCUUUAAACAAAAGCUAUUUUGGGAAACAGUUUUAAGUUGCUGUGGGAGUCCAGGAACAUUGGUUCUGCCUGUCUCUUUAGGAUUCCUACUAUCUGAAAACUACUUUGUAUUUUAGACUAGUUUAUUUUGAAUCCAAGAAUGAAAGUGCAAGUGGGGAAGGAACCCCUCCCCAAAAUAAUUGGGCUCUUAAUAGUGUCUUUUUGAAUUGGCUUAUGAGAAAGAAAAAUAACUUGAAUUUUGAGAAGGGACCUCAAUGGCUUAAGUAACCCACCCAAGCUGGGGGGAUGGAUACCUGUGGCCUGUUACCUCUGAGCCAGACCUGGAGCUGCCCAUUCACUUCAGACCCUGGUCAGUUUUCAGAGAAUUCAUCUUUUUGGAAUAUCUGGGGGACUCUGAGUUUUCCCAGAGGGCCAUUGGUAAUGCUAGUGACUUUUGAUGACUUCCCUGAAUCCUUAGGAUCAGAAUGGAAAUUGAACCAAUGUUUAAUUGAAAUUUUAAAUUGAGCUUUUUGAUUAACCAAGAAGCUUGGCAUCCACUCAGCUCAAAGAUACUCAAUGUCUCUUGGGUCACUAGCAUAGGUGAGAGGAAAGGCACAACCAGGGAGGUGGGAUCUUAGCACAUCAUGUCUCUCUGGUCCCCCUCACUAACCUUUGGCUAGCUUGGCUAGAUCUGCACUUAAGUUCUGAUAUUGGCUUUGACGACCUAGGGGGGCUUUUUCAAGUUGGGAUCUAAAGCUGUGUGGAUAAUGUUAAAAUCCAAACUCCCUGAGCCACCUGAAACUGAGAACCAAAGGGAUAAUAGGCAAGCAGAGGCUGCGGGGGCCUUUGGCUGCUCACCUGGAACUGGAACCUGGAACUGAGGGGGAUACACUAUGCCUUCCUCUGCCAUUUAAACUGAAGGUUUUCGGGCUCAACACCAUGGAUGUUAUUACAAGACCCAACAUUGGGAGAAAUCCUAGGAUUUAUCCCACCAAGGAAGUGGGUCAGUUGCACUGAGUUUGGGAAGUGCCUUAUCCCAGGUGAAUUGCCUCCCCCUAUUCCCCACCACAAAAUCAGGCAGCAGGGUCUGAUGUUGCCUCUUUUAAUAGCAUCUUGUUUUGACAAACCUGUUCCUGGAUGACUAUAAAGGGCUCCAUGUAAGGGGGUGAUGUUUUAUAGAUGAGCCACAGAAUAAAAGCAUUGUGAGGUGAA